AUGGGAAAAGCGGGAAAGCCUGGUUUCUAUGCUGUCGCCCGGGGCCAUGUCCCGGGGGUAUACACUGAAUGGAGCGACUGCGAGGCGCAAACAAAAGCAUUCAAAGGGUGUCUGCAUAAGAAGUUCAACACGUUAGAUGCGGCCAAUGCCUAUCUCGCCGAAAACGGUGUCAGUGGCGGUCACCGCACCACAUUUGCUUCUCCGUCUACGCUACCGGCGGUUGCAUCGUCUUCGAAGUCACACCAAUCACGCAACCACGGGACGAAGCCGUACGAAAGACAUUCUUCAAAGAAACCUAGAAUGAGCAGGUCAAAUGAGAAGGCGGGCUCCACGAAGUCCCGGUGGUCGGCGCUCUCGACGGAGGUCGUCGAGGACGAGUCAGGCUGGAACGUCGUCUAUUCAGACGGCGCAUGCAAGGGAAACGGGAACGCCGGGUCGGUUGCAGGCGUGGGGGUGUGGUGGGGACCGGGUGAUUCCAGAAAUAUCGCGGAGAGGUGUCCCGGCGCGCAAACCAACAACCGCGCGGAGCUCAUAGCUAUCGUGCGCGUGUUGGAAACAACGCCCCAUUCGAAGCACCCACUGCUCAUCAAGACAGACUCCAAAUACAGCAUCAGCUGUUUUCGUGAAUGGCUCCCCAAAUGGAAACGGAGCAAUUUCAAGACGUCCUCCGGGGAACCGGUCAAAAAUCGGUCGCUCAUCCUCUACCUUGACGCGCUCCUCGAUCAACGUGCGCGGCGCGGACAGAAAGUGCAUCUGCAGUACGUCAAGGGUCACGCCGGCAUUAUAGGCAACGAGGGUGCAGACUACGAGGCCAACCAAGGAGUCAAGAAGCCUCUCGCCCCGGAGCGAGACUGGGACGCGUUAACGGAUGCGCUCCAGGAGGAGACCCCGGAUCACCAGGUGUCGAGCGGUGAGCAUCGUACACCUGCAAUCUCGCAGGCCGACUUGGAGGCAUUCGCGGCGGGCUUGGCAGACGACGAUGAGGAACUGUGGGCGGAGUGCACUGAGCACUGA